AUGAAGGACCCAUUAUUACGUCCGUUAUUAUUGACCGCAACUUUGGACCUUCAGAAUACUGAAGAUGAACAAACGCAACCAAUUACCGAAGAUGAAAAAUUUUCGAGCAACCAAGAAGCCUCUUGUUCUUAUGAACGGAGUAAAGAAGCGAUAAACGAUCUCUGUGCCGAAAGACCAAAUAUUGCAUCAAGAACUACCACUAGAGAUGAUUCAACAUUUGAAGACACCGAAAUUAAAUGUACAAAAUCAUGUUGUCGAAAGAUAAAAGAGGACGAACUGAAGAUUAUCCCAUCAAGACCAAAUUGCUCAAAUAAUUGUUGUAGAGUUAGUGACAAUGAAAAGGAAUUAUCCAAACAACAACAGCAAACAACUCAAACAACUUGCCAUGGAUAUGACGGAAAGGAGGAAGGACCAAGAUGCUGUCAGAACAACAAUCAAAAUAAUUCUCAACAAACAAUUUCAACCAAUUGCGAUUCUGAAACAACUCGAUCGACUAUCACUCUCUCUGUUUUAAACAAGACAACAAGUAAGAGAGAGAAGAAAGAAGAACUUGUGAAGAAUGAAGCCGUUAUUACUGAGGAGGCUUCAGAGGAGACCUGUUGCUCGAAUGGAGCUACUGUCCCAUCCUCUAGCAACUGUUGCACCAAGUCAGGUUGCACAAAAACAAACCAGAUAGACCUCACCGCCACUACUACGAGCACCUCAAGCAUGAGUAGCGGAUGUAUCAAAUCUUGUUGUAAAAAGGCCUCCAUGAAUCUUUCAGAAGUAACAACAACCUGCUCAAAACCACUGCAAGAAACAUCCUCAUGUUGCACCAGUGGGAAAUGUUCAAAAAAGUCCACCACUAUGCAACACCUUUCUCAAAUCCAAGACUGUGAUGAAUCAUCCAUAGCAGUUCAUAUCAAAGAUUCAAAGUUGACCAUUCUUCAUCUCACAGUCCAACAACUACAUUGCUCUGAUUGUGCCACGAUGGUAGAAGAGACCUUACUCAAGCGAAAGGGAAUUUCUCAAGCUCGAGUCAUGGACAUUACUAACUCUGCACGAAUUGUCUAUGAUUCCUCACUCAUUGGAGAGGAUGAAAUUAUUGAACAUAUUGAAAGCAGUUCCAUGACAAACACUUCAAUUGUCUCUUAUUAUUUCCUUCAGGAGGUCGCACCUCAACAAAUCACUCUUCUUCAACAAGGUAUGAAAGACCAAUUUCCAAAAGCUCUCUCAGGCUCUUUUUACGACUCUCAAAAGAGAAUACUCACCAUUCAUUAUGAUCCUGAUCAAACAGGUGCUCGUUCUUUGAAAGAUUUCAUUUCACUCAUGUUACUUGUUUUUGUUGUACCCAUGAUGCAUGAAUUGGAUGCCUAUUUGGAACAAGAGAUUAUACAAGGCUUAAAUCGAAGCGUGUUACUGUGUUGGUUAUUGGCCACUCCCAUUCAAUUCUAUUUCGGAAAGCCUUUAUAUUUAUCAGCCUAUAGAGCCUUACGAUAUGCAAGAAAACCGAAUAUGGACACUCUGGUAAUGCUUUCUACGACAACAGCCUAUCUCUAUUCCGUGGUCAAUGUGGUGGUUGCAUUUUUCUUGAAGAGUUAUCAUGCUGAAGUAUUCUUUGAAACGAGUGCCAUGUUAUUGACCUUUAUCAUUUUGGGAAGAUUUUUAGAGAUGGUUGCAAAAGGACAAACCUCGAACAUGUUAUCGAAAAUGAUGGAAUUGAAAGUGAAUCGAGCCUUAUGGAUUCAUACCAAGUCACUCAGUAAUAGUGUUUCUCAAUUACUCGAACAUUCAGACCAUUUUCAAACAACAACAACAGCACACAACCAUCAUCCUCAAGAACCACUCAUUGAAGAAGAAAUUGAUAUCCAUUUAGUUCAAAGAGGCGACAUUCUCAAAGUGUUACCUGGAUCAAGAAUACCCACCGAUGGUAUUGUCAUUCAUGGAACAACAAGUGUGGAUGAGUCCAUGAUUAGUGGUGAAUCGAUGCCUGUGCCAAAGAGAGUCCAUGAUUCCGUAUUCGGAAGUACCAUCAAUCAAAAUGGAACAAUUUUUAUGAAGGUCACAAAAAUCGCCUCAGAAAAUACACUAGCAGCCAUUGACAAGCUCAUUCGUGAAUCACAAUCUUCAAAAGUACCUAUUCAAAGAAUUGCUGAUACUGUGAGUGCGUAUUUUGUCCCAAUUAUCAUGAUCUUGUCUGCGUUGGCAUUUGCAUUGUGGAUUUCUCUUGCCUAUUCUCAAGUGUUACAAAUUCCAGAACAUAUGCAUCCCUUUACAUUUGCUUUACAGUUUGCAUUGGCCAUUUUGGUGAUUUCAUGUCCAUGCGCAAUUAGCUUGGCAGCUCCAACUGCUGUAAUGGUUGGUAUUGGAAUGGCUGCUAAAUUUGGAGUCUUGGUUAAAAGUGGGCAAGUCAUGGAAAUGUGUCACAAAGUGAAUUGCAUUAUUUUUGACAAGACUGGAACGGUCACUCAUGGAAAACCUGUUGUGACAGACAUUGAAAUUUUAGAAGAACAUGCUUUGGAAUGGAGUGAAGAAAAAUUCUUACAAGUCAUUGGAAGUGCUGAAAUGGGUAGUGAACACAUUAUUGGAAAAGCAAUUGUUGAACAUGUUCAUUCACUGAAAAAGGAAAUUUCAUUAUCGAAUCCAACAGAUUAUGUGGCUGAACCUGGAAAAGGUCUCACUUGUUCAGUUUCAUUGAUCCAUACAUUUGCAACCGAUUCUCACAUCCACAAAGAAGAAGAACAUUCCUACAAAGAAGAAGAACAUUCCUACUCGGUCGCUGCUGGUCAUUUCGAUUUUAUUUUAGAACAUUCCAAGACAUGUCCUCCUCCAUCAUCAUUCCAAGAACGAAUUCAUCAAUUAGAGAAUGAAGGAAAAACAGUGGUAUGUGUAGCCAUCAACUCAACACUCAUUGGAAUGAUUGCAUUAGCAGAUACUCCAAAAGAAGAAGCCUCUCUUGUGGUCCAUGAAUUAAAACAACGUGGAAUUGAAGUAUGGAUGAUUUCAGGAGAUAAUCCUCGUACCACUCAAUAUAUUGCUUCUCAAAUUGGAAUUGAUCAUUUCAUGGGAGGAGUGUUACCUGCAGAAAAAGCACAAAAAGUGAAAGAACUUCAAUAUUGUUCGAAUACGACAACGAGUCAUCAUCAAAAACAACAACGAACCGUAUGUAUGGUUGGUGAUGGAAUUAAUGAUUCACCCUCUCUCGCAGCAGCACAUGUGGGUAUGGCCAUUGGUGCAGGAAGUGAUAUUGCCUUAGAAACAGCAGAUGUGGUGUUAGUGAAGAGUAAUUUGAAAGAUGUUCUUGUCGCUUUGGAUUUAUCAAAAACAACCUUUCAGAGAAUUAAGAUGAAUUUUGCAUGGGCCUUCUUUUAUAACUUGAUUGGAAUUCCAUUGGCAGCUGGAGCUUUGUUUCCUGUAUUGGGUGUGACCAUACCUCCUGCAUUGGCUGGUCUUUCUGAGAUUUUUUCUUCGUUACCUGUGGUGUUAUUUUCAUUAAUGUUGAAAACAUUCAAACCACGUGAGUUAACAAAAGUAUAUUAA